AUGGGAUGACCGUCUUUCAAGGUCGUCGGUGAAAAAGAGAGGCAACUUCGAUUUCAGGUCUUUUGUCCACAUACAAUAUGAGUCUUUCGGAAGAUGACUCUACUUCAGAUGAAGAAUAUAUCCCUCCAGUUAAGGCUUCUAAAUUGGAAGAAGACUCUGAAAGUGAAUAUAGCGAUGAGUCAGAAUCAGGAGACUCAGACUGUAUUAGUGAUAGUUUAACUAGUCGGGCAAAUAAUAAACGUCCUGCUAGAAGGAGCUCGAAAAAGUCCAAGAUUUCCGACUGUUCACCGCUUCCCACUACCGAGGAUGUGAAAGCCUACGAAGAUAGAGUGUGGAACGAGUUCUUAAAGUCCGACAGUACCGAGAAAUCUAAUAGCAUUGAAAAAGUAAAUGUUGUAAAAAAGUAUCAGUUUGCUGGAGAGGAAGUUGAAGUCAUUCAGGCAGUUUCAAACUCGAAUAAGACUUCAGGCGAGACAAAUCCUCUCAAACCAAAAGCACCGUCUUUGGGACUCGGUUUAACUAACGCUCUGCAAAACUUGAAAUCCACAAUAAAUAGUCUACCCAAGUUGUCUACCUUAGAAAAGUCGCGUCUUGACUGGAAGCAAUAUGUACAGAAAGAGUCUUUGGAAGAUGACCUCAAAGCUCAUAACAAAGGGAAAGAAGGGUAUUUGGAAAGACAAGCAUUCUUCAAUAGAGCAAGUGAACGUGAAUAUCAGUAUGAACGACAAUUGAAAAAGUCAACAUCGAGUCGGAAAACCUGAAUACACGAUGCACAUAAUUUUCUUAUCCACGGAAUGUUGCAGUUAUUUAUCAAGAAUGGCACUCCAAUGUUUGUGCCCACGCAGUCCCAAAUUUCAGUGUAUUAAUGUGAAGCCAAUAGUUGUGGUUAAUUAUACUGGCAAUAAAAAAUCCC